GGUUAACAUUGAAAAUAGGCACGUUUAUUUAUUCAUUAUAUAAGACAUAAAGGCUAAACAUAGGAAACAAUAUCCUGGCCAGUAUCACAUUCUAAUCUUGGUAAAUUUGCAAGGUGCAAAAAAGAGGCAGCAAUAGUGACAACCUAUUAAGUUUAAACUAUUAUCAAGGACCCAGAGAUAACUAUUAUAUUUACGGCUUUUAUUUACUGAGUAAUAAUUGCUAGACAUUGUGUUAGUUACUUUAUUUAAUCCCUAGGCCUGAUAAAGGUAUAUUUAUUAUCCCAAUUUCAGCUCAGGAACAUGGAGGCUCAGCGAGUACAUAAAGCACAUAAACACAUAUAUAGAAGAUACUCAAAGGAGUAUAUAUGAAGCAAAUCAUAAGAACUUAAAGGGAACCAAGGUGUUAAUUUUUAAAUGACCAGUGGAGUUGUGCAGCUAAAUAGUGUUAAUAACAUUUCCACUUUCUCUUUUCAUUAAUUAGCAUUUUGCAAACCCUUCUUAAGCCGUGCACUCUCUCUGUUCAUCCUCAUUGACUCUGGAUGGGUGUGGUGUGUGGGAUUUACCUCCCAGAGAAUUACAAGCCAACUGGACAAUCGUUUUUUUACAGAGAAAGUAAUUUAACACCACUCUUUAUAACAAAAUAAGUACUCAGCUGUUUGUCCAUUCCUGCGUGUAUAUUCCUUGAAUAUACUGUAACCAACAAUUCUGACCAGAAUACAUGUAGAGCAAGAAGGAUAGCAGUAGGAAAGUGGGUGGUUUAAAGUUAUCUUUAGGGUCUCAAUAAAAAUGAUUUUUCCCAUAAUCCUCUCACCAUCUUUCUUACCACUUCUACCCACCCAAAAGAUCUCUUAGUAUUCUCUUCCGUUAAUGCUUCUGCUAUUAUAUCUUUACCUAUAUAAAAUAAAAGAAAUGAAGCAGAAAGUAUUCUUUUAUGUGGCAAAAUCACCCUGAAUGGAAUUUGGAGAAAUUCAUCCUUAAGGAGCACUGAAUGAACUGUGUGGUUUCAUGUUUAAAAUAGUAUAUCCAGCCGAGCACGGUGGCUCUUUUCUUGUAAUCCCAGCACUUUGGGAGACUGAGGUGGGCAGAUUACCUGAGAUCAAGAGUCUGAAACCAGCCUGGCCAACAUGGUAAAAACCCAUCUCUACUAAAAGUACAGAAAAAUUAUCCUGUUGUGGUGGUGCAGGCCUGUAAUCUCAGCUACUUAGGAGGCUGACACAGGAGAAUCACUUGAACCUGGGAGGUGGAGGCUGCAGUGAGCCAAGAUUGCACCAUUGCAUUCCAGCCUGGGUGACAGGCUGGGUGACAGAUGGAAUUUUUUUUUCCAUCUCAAAAAAAAAAUACUAAAAUAAAAUAAAAUAGUGUAUCCACAAUAUUAUGAACAAUAUCACUUCCUGUAUUAGUUUGCCAGGGCAGCCAUAACAGUACUACAGAUGUUUUAAACAGAAAUUUGUAUGCUCACCCUUCUGGAGACUAGAAGUCAAAACUCAAGGUGUCAGCAGGGUUGGUUUCUUCUGAGACUUCUCUCCUGACUUGUAGAUGGCUGCCUUCUCCCUGUGUCCUCACAUCUUCUUUCUUCUUUGUGUCUUUAUUUCCUUUAGACACCAGUCUUAAUAGAUAAGAACCACCCACUGGACUCCAUUUUAGCUUAACUACCUCUUUAAAGGCCAAAUACAGCCCAGAUUUCCUAUCUGCCUCACAGCUGUUAACCUAGUGAAAAUGAAAGAUAUAGGAAAACACUAUACAUUCAGUUACAUCCUAUACAAUAGAAAAAGGUAGCUGUUGGAGUUGUUAAAUUAGUCACAGCUUCAAUUAUUUUAAAAUGAUUUGUAAAUUUCAAUUGCUUGUAUGGGAAGAUGUAUACAGUGGCUACUGUUUUAGAGAGCAAAGCCCUAGUAUCAGAUGACAUCCAGAAUGUCAUGUUGAAGAUUACAUCUGCAAACAAGUAGUUUAAUUUUUUUAAAAAAUUCUCUAACAAUUUAAAAAUUCAAAAAAAUGAGAAAAGUAGUCUCACAAGUACUGGUUAAUUAUAGAAGAGAGGUGUGGAGGGUUGUAUUUUGUGUGCAUAGACUUAAAAUAACAUGAAAAGCAUGUCAAAAAGAAUAUGAGAACAGAGUGGACUGGAAAUUAGGCAUAUCUUACUGACAUCACUUGUUUAUAGAAAAUAAAACGGAUCAUGUAUUUAUUUAAAUAGAGGGCUCACUAUGCUUUCUUCGGUCACAUUUUUAUAGGUAUAACGUGGUGUUCAAACUUUUAAUGUAUGGAGAAAAAUGAAAAGGCUAGAAAAAUAGUCCAGUACAGAUAAUUCUAUGAUCAACCCAACUUGAACAGAAACCACAGGAUUUGGCCUCAACAAGACAGAAAGGAAAGCCCUUAUCAGGGAAGCUAUUAUCCUUAUCUGGGAAGAUCAAAUAAAGUAAGACUUUGUUUUUAAAGUAUUAUACAAUUGAUAUUUAAUAUUUCAACCUCAGCCUUUCAAGUUUUGUCUAACACCAAUAAUAUUCCCGCCCCGCCUCAACCGGUUAUUUUCUUUUUAUAUUUCUAACUACUUAAAUCCCCCCAGCAAAUUCUGGCUUCGCUAUUUCUGGAUUUAAGUACAUUUUCUGCUGCACCCAGGUCACACGCAGGAAUGGACGUCGCUUUCGCUUUUCGCAUAAAAAUUUUCUAGCCCAGGGCGAGCUCUCCCAACGGCACUCCUCCUGCCUCGCUGCCCACCCCUCGUUCCCCCAACUCUCGCCAUCAUCCCUUCCGCAGCGUUGGCUGCGGACACCUCCAGGUUCUGCAUUCCAAGGCUUCCCAGCAUCCUGCUGUCUCGGCGUGGAGGAAAGGGUCCUGCGAAUCCCAGUUUGGAUAAAGAACCCUGUCUUUUCACUGCUACACCGAGGCCUGCGGGAAUAGGUCGGAGACCCCAUUCUCCCGGCUCCGGUCACAGGUGCUAAGGCCGAGCCAUCUCAGGGGCCUGCUCACCAGUUUCGCGCACUCAGUACAGAUCCUGGCACUGUUUAUGCACUUGAUAACCAUGCGUUUGUUAGUUGACAAACAAAUGACAUUAACAAACGAAUGACACGAGGAAAUCCAACAGCCAAUCAGAGCACAGGGUUGUGUUGCCAGCAUCCUAGUUUCAGGGACAGACACCGCCAAGCCUGACCCAGCAAAGGGGCGUAACGGGACCUCGGGGCAAGCUUCAGGUCCUGUGUCCGCUCGUCCGCCGACCCCCGCCGCAGGGCAGCCGGCGCGUCCUCAGCUUCCGCCUGGGCCUCGCUGAGUAAAGGCGGCGGGGAGAAUGCGCGCGGCGCAGCCAAUCCGGGGCGCGCUCCUCCGCUCCCAGACCGCCCCCGACCUUCCAGUGUAGAGCAGGACAGUGGCGCCACGGCGCUAGCAGCUGCGUGCGCGUCUCCUACCGGCAGCGAGGGGAACCCGAGACUGCCGGCGCCCCGACCAUGUCCUCUCCCGGGCCGCCGCAGCCCCCAGCUGAGGACCCGCCCUGGCCCACGCGCCUCCUGCGUGCCCUUCUGGGACUGCUGCGGCUGGACCCGAGCUGCUGUGCGCUGCUGCUGUGCAGCCUCGUAACGCUGCUGGGCUGGAGCUGGCUGCGGCGGCGCCGGGCACUGGGCAUCCCACCCGGGCCCACGCCCUGGCCCCUGGUGGGCAACUUCGGUUACGUGCUGCUGCCCCCCUUCCUCCGGCGGCGGAGCUGGCUGAGCAGCAGGACCAGGGCCGCAGGGAUUGAUCCCUCGGUCGUGGGCCCACAAUUGCUCCUGGCUCACCUAGCCCGCGUGUACGGCAGCAUCUUCAGUUUCUUUAUCGGCCACUACCUGGUGGUGGUCCUCAGCGACUUCCACAGCGUCCGCGAGGCACUGGUGCAGCAGGCCGAGGUCUUCAGCGACCGCCCGCGAGUGCCGCUCAUCUCCAUCGUAACCAAGGAGAAGGGGGUUGUGUUUGCACAUUAUGGUCCUGUCUGGAGACAACAAAGGAAGUUCUCUCAUUCAACUCUUCGUCAUUUUGGGUUGGGAAAACUUAGCUUGGAGCCCAAAAUUAUUGAGGAGUUCAAAUAUGUGAAAGCGGAAAUGCAAAAGCACGGAGAAGACCCCUUCUGCCCUUUCUCUAUCAUCAGCAAUGCCGUCUCUAACAUCAUCUGCUCCUUGUGCUUUGGCCAGCGCUUUGAUUACACCAAUAGUGAAUUUAAGAAAAUGCUUAAUUUUAUGUCACGAGGGCUAGAAAUCUGUCUGAACAGUCAAGUUCUCCUGGUCAACAUAUGCCCUUGGCUUUAUUACCUUCCCUUUGGACCAUUUAAGGAAUUAAGACAAAUUGAAAAGAAUAUAACAAGUUUCCUUAAAAAAAUCAUCAAAGACCAUCAAGAGUCUCUGGACAGAGAGAACCCUCAGGAUUUCAUAGACAUGUACCUUCUCCACAUGGAAGAGGAGAGGAAAAAUAAUAGUAAUAGCAGUUUUGAUGAAGAGUACUUAUUUUAUAUCAUUGGGGAUCUCUUUAUUGCUGGGACUGAUACAACAACGAACUCUUUGCUUUGGUGCCUGCUGUAUAUGUCGCUGAACCCCGAAGUACAAGAAAAGGUUCAUGAAGAAAUUGAAAGGGUCAUUGGCACCAACCGAGCUCCUUCUCUCAUGGACAAAGCCCAGAUGCCCUAUACAGAAGCCACCAUCAUGGAAGUGCAGAGGCUAACUGUGGUGGUGCCGCUUGCCAUUCCUCAUAUGACCUCAGAGAACACAGUGCUCCAAGGGUAUACCAUUCCUAAAGGCACAUUAAUUUUACCCAACCUGUGGUCAGUACACAGAGACCCAGCCAUUUGGGAGAAACCAGAGGAUUUCUACCCUAAUCGAUUUCUGGAUGACCAAGGGCAACUAAUUAAAAAAGAAACCUUUAUUCCUUUCGGGAUAGGGAAGCGGGUGUGUAUGGGAGAACAACUGGCAAAGAUGGAAUUAUUCCUGAUGUUUGUGAGCCUAAUGCAGAGUUUUGCAUUUGCUUUACCUAAGGAUUGUAAGAAGCCCCGCCUGACUGGAAGAUUUGGUCUAACUUUAGCUCCACAUCCAUUUAAUAUAACCAUUUCAAGGAGAUGAAGAGCAUCUCCAAGAAGAGAUGGUAAAAAGAUAUAUACAUACAUAUCCUUCUAAGCAGAUUCUUCCUACUGCAAGAGACAGUGAAUCCAGCAACUCAGUAGAUCCAGGUUAGGCUCAGACUGGAGAGAUAGGAAGGAGAGUAGAGCACACUGGGAGCUUUCAUCUUGGAGGAUUCCUCAGCAGGAUACUUGAGCCAUUUUAGUAAUGCAGGAUUUGGGGGAUAGAAACCAAAGUGCCUACGAAACAGGAGAUCUGGAUUUUAUUUGCAGUGGCUUCCACUGAUGGGCCAAUUUCUCAUUUCUCAGUGCCUCAGACAUUCCAUAUGUAAAAUGAGAGUAAUAAAAAUUGGCUUCUCUCUACCUCUCAGCACUAAUGAUGGUGAAAUGCCUUACAUCUUUUCUGGUAUCUCUAAAAUGCUGUUUAGUUCUGGAGAAGAAAUUCAGGAGAAGAUCUACCUGCUGGCUUUUAAAGACCUGUGACAACAUGAAAGUGGUGUUCAGCCUGGAAUGCUUUUUCAGAGAUGACUGUGGAUUUAGGUUAUACUGGGGGAGAACUUUUCUCAGCACAGAUUCUAUGCCAGCUUCUUUGGACUUGUUCUGUUAUUACCUUUUUAUGAUUUUAGUUUUUACUUUUUGUAGACAUGGGAUGAAGUGGACCCUGUUGUGUAUAUGGAGGAAAAAAGAAAUUAUGAUUUUUUAAAAUCCCUUGUAGGAUUAUUGUCUAAAUUUAUAUGUCUACCUUCCACUUCAACUACAGGAAGUGAGCCUUCCUAAAUAAGUGGCUUCAUGGCAGAAUUUCUUUCUGCUAAGUUAUUUGCAAAGAUGCAGCUCUACCUUUUGACUUAAGGCCUGAAUGGUGAGCUUGGGGAUUUUGAUACUGGGACUCAUCAGAAAAGGAUUCUGCUUUCAAACUAUACUGAACAUUCCUGUCCUAGCCUCCCUGCCACCAGGCCCAAUGUAUCUGAUCCUUGAAUAUACUCUCAAAAACAGGAAGACAUUCUUAUUCUUUUUCUUAAGAAAACUUAAAUUUUUUCUAAAUGUAGAAGGCCCUCUGGAAGAGCAGUUUUCAGCAGAGGUGGUAACCCCUUCAGAGGGUGUUUGGAAAUGUGUGGGUGUGUUUCUUGGUUAUCAUAAUGAAGGGGGUGCUACUGGCCUUCUGCUGCUAUGGGACCAGAUGCUAAAUGUCAAGGUAGUCCUAUACAGUGAAGAAUUGUCCUGCUCAAGAUGCCAGGAUUUCCCCCAACAAGAACAUGCUCCAAAGAAUGACCACCCCUUUCUUUUAUUCUCCCCCAGUGCUCCAUGUACAGAAGUAAGCAUAGCAGUCAUAUGAGCAACCAUAUUCCUGAACCUCUCCUCAUGCUGGCUCUCCACUUAAUGCUUUACUUGUAUGUUUCUAUAAUUCUUACAGAAAUUCUACUAAGAGGGUGGCAUUCUGUAGCUGAUGAAGCUGAGGCUUAGAGAAGGUAAGGCAAAAAGUUAAAAAGUUACAUGACUGCAUUUCAAACCUACUGGUCUUUGUGACUAAAGAACCCUUUCAGAACCACUUCUCAACUCUGCCUCCACUUGAUCCCAUAGCAGACUACCCACUUGGCCUCAUGCUGGAGUUGUAUAUGUCCAUCUUCAUCCCAUGCUGAGCUCCUUGAGGUGAAGAUGUGCUGUUUGACUCCCUUACAGUGCCUUCGUCUUGGUGGAUGCCCAGUCAUCUUGUGAAUGACUUUUAAGAAGUGUACUUAAGAGAAAAAUCCUACCUUAUUUUAAUUAUUACAGGUUGUAUUUUUGUUAUUAUCUUUUUGUUCAAGAUUUUAGUUUUUGCUUAAAGGUGAUAAAAAGUGAGUGCAUGUUAUUUGUUAAUGUCCAUUAAACCCAGUUUUUUUUUUUUAAAAAAAAAACUGGAUUUUUAUCAUUUAAAACAACCAUUUUAAACAAACUUGGAAUGAUGCCUUAGCUGUUUUUAUAUAACAGAAUGUAAGCUCCCAGCACCUGGAGACUAGGCCACAUCCAGGGGCCUCUCAUUCACUUUCCUAAAGGAGAGAAGCAGCUACUCCUGUUCCUACUGAUUGAUAGAGAAGAGAUUGAGAAAAGAUCCAGAGUCGUUGUUACUUUGAGAAUUAAACAUAAGAUGAAACCCUGAACUUAAGCACUUCUGUUUGACCAGCCUCCUGUAACUGAUCACCCUCUAUGCUCCAUUUUCCAGAUAAAUGGAGACACCAGAUCUCCCUAACCUCUGACUUCAUCUGCCAUUAGCCACACUCUGUGUAGUUAGAUCUUAGUCUGUGAAUGGCAUUCCAGGGCAAUUGUGAACAUGAGGCUAGAUUUUUCAUUUCAUUUGGCACAUUGCUAGGCAGAUUUUUGCAAGCUCAAAAAAAUUAAAAUAAUAUCAGCUUAAUCAAAACAUAAUCAGAGGAAGAAAAAAAUAUUAUUUUAUUUUAAAAUGAUUAUCAAUAAAAGUAUUGAUUGGUUUUUGACUCUACAUUGUUUACAUUAUCUACCAUACUGCUCUUGUCCUUUUAGAAAUAUUAUUAAACACCUUCAAUGCAGAUAAAUGAAAUACAGACUAAUCUUUAGGUGUCUUAGGAAUUUUGCUUUUUGCAAAAGAAAAGAUAAUAGACUAACUGCAAGGAACUGAGUGGAUGGGGUGGCUGCUGUACAGAUUUUUAGAUGAGAUGACACAGUGUGGAUUACACUGUACCUUAAGCAGGACAGUUUGUUCUUGAUAUGGAAUUCAUAUGCUUUUGAAUUGCACUAAUAACUAAGCAUUAACAAAUGUAUUACUCCUUAAAUUAUACAUGCAUUUUCAGUAUUCCUAACCAAAGAGUUUAGAGCUUACUUGAGAAGAAGUCUGUUCUUUGUGAGAUGUUGAAAUUAGAUGUUUAUUAAACUUUAAAAUAUAAUGCCUUAAGCUGUGGCACUUUAAAAAACAUCUUCAUAUGUAAAUUGCUAAAAGGACUGUUAACGGUUUUCUCAGACAUGUUGGCAUUUACAAUUUUGUACAUCAUAGUUUAUGUGAAAUGAAAAAAUAACUGUACUUUGUUUUAUAAGUCUGCCUAAUAUCUCAUUUUUGGUUCUCAUCUUUAGCACAGUUUUGAUGCUUUUAUUAAACUAUUUUAACUGAGAAA